AGUUUCAGCAAAACGAACAAUCACAUUUGAUUGCUCCCCGUGAUCUACUAUACUGAACACAACUACUCAUUUAAUUACUGAAAAUGUGCACGCUGAAGUUCUGGAGCAUCUGCGCGUUUCUCCUCCUCUCGGACCACUCCUUCUCCAUGAAAUGCAAGCAACAUAUACUGAGGGACCGGAAUGCACAGUGCAUACGGCUUCUGAUUGACAUGGGCGGCGAUUUUCCAGUCAAGUGCCUGAAAGAAAAUGUCAAACUCAUGUUUCCAGAGGGUGUUUAUGACAUCACGAGCAAAUCUCAGGAUCAUGAUAUUGCAGCAGUAGCAUAUGAUGCCUUGAGAGACGUGGUCAAGAUCUUCAACAAUAGCCUGGUUUCCACAUCUUGGGAUCCUGAAAAGCUUGGUCUCUUUAAACAUAAAUUGUCUCUUCAAAUUGAAAACUUGGAGCAGUGUGUAAGUAUGCGAUACUUACAAUCUUGUUAUAUAGGCUACACAUCCUAUACGUGUGCAUUUAUUUAUUUUCUUUGGCUUAAAAAGGUUCGAGGUGAGAUGACCUUCUCCGGGGAUGGAAGUUUUCCCUCAGAAGAUAAUGGGAGGCUGAAGUCCUACUUUGAAAGGCUGACUACGUUUUUAAAAGAAAAGACGAUCCCGCAGGUGAAGAAGUCGGAUGUGGCGGUCCUGGGCUGGCGUGAAUACACGUGUUGCGGAAACAGCUGCGGAAACUGCGAGACGUCCCUUGAGACGCGCAGCCGUUGGUCCUGGGAGGUGUCCAAAUGA